UUUUGCGAGCACAAGUGCCAGUUAAGAUAUGGGUGAGUGGGCAGCAUCUGUGUACGAGUACACGAUUGGCCGCUUCCUUGCUUUGAGCGCGGAAGGCGUGGGACCGCCGGCAUCACCAUACACCCUUCCGCCGCUCUUGUCGGCGGAGGCAAACCGUACGCACCUGCUGGACAUGUUGUGCAUGUGUCGCCAGUUCAAGACCCCGACUUCGCACAUGGCUGCGCAGUUGAACGCAACGCAGUGCGAGAGCGUCCAGUUUGCGGACCGAUGGGUCAUCUCCACGGACAUAUCGCAUGUGAAGUCGGCCCAUGUGCAUGUCCAAGGUUCGGAGAUUAUCCUCGGCGGGCUGCAUGUUCUCGUGUUUCAUUCCAAGGCAUCCUCGCCAUCCUCGUCGACGGUGAUUGCCUUUCGCCAUCAAGAAGGCGAGUCUCUUCUAGACAAUGACAUGUGGGAAGCCAUGGCACUGUAUGGCCGCAACUAUGUGCAGAUGGAAGCGGGGCCGUCCCCCCUGACGUUGUUGGACUACACGACUCGAGCCAUUCAAGCACUUCUGUUUGGUGCUCGACAUGCAGUGGAGAUGGACUACUUUACGUUGGCCAAGGCGUUGGUGGGCGAGCUCGUGCCAGGUGGAGACUCGGUGACGUUCACAGGGUAUUCGAUGGGCGGCGCGCUGGCGCAAUUGAUGGCCAUUGAAUCAAACUCCAAGGCGGUAGUGUUUGCUUCUAAUGGCGUGCUCGACGUCCUCAGUCAGUACCACGUGAACCCAGCCGUCGUGGCCAACCUACCGACUUCGCACUUGGUCAAUAUCAUGCAUCCCCAGGAUGAAGUGCCCAAGCUGGACUGCCAAAUCGGAACGCUAUUUCUGCACAACGACGUAAGCCACGACCACCUCCACGAGUCGUUUGUGUAUGGGGAUUUGGCGUGGAACCAACUUGUGCACACACCAUACUCGUCUCAUGUCGAGCACGGCCGCGUAUGGAGCCAGACCCACGGCAUUUGCAUCGACAACGAUCUGAACGACCCCAUGGCGUUCGCAGUCGACUCGGUGGCGCAGAGCUCAUCCAGCCAGGCGCUGGCGACGCUGGUUGGUGGUGGCCUGGUCUUGGUGGCUUUUAAGAUGCUGGCUCGAUGGUGCAAGUAGACGAUGUGAUCUUACUGUCGUAGGCUCUGGGUGGGUGUCCAUUGGAUAAUAUAUAUAUAUAUAUCGUUUCAAG